ACUUCCCCCUUAGUUUUUUUCUCCUAGGGUUGGGAGCUUUUUUCUCCUCAAGGUGGGAGUGCAGCAUCAAAGCGGCGUGAAUAGGGAUUCCACGAUGGCUGAAUCCAAUGUGCAGGAUCUAACGAUAGCGAUGGGUAAACAACUAUCUUUGACAGCAGAUGAAGAUGUUGGCCUUGACUUAGAUGAUGGAACAGGUAAUGAUCCUGAUGGCGGAGUCUCCAAGUGGUGCUUAGUCGGAACAGUUCUGACUAGGAAGCGGUAUAACAUGGAAGCGAUGGAAUCUACACUAGCGGGGGUAUGGAGACCAGUAAAAGGUAUGCACAUGCGAAUCCUGGGGCAUAACCAUUUUGCUCUUUACUUUUUUCAUCCAGUGGACAUGAAUCGAGUGCUGGCAGCGGGUCCAUGGCGUUUUGCUGAUCAUGUCAUGAUCCUAAAGGAGGCGCAUGAUGGAAAGAUGAUAACUAAGGAGCACCUUUUUGAGGUUCCAUUUUGGAUCCAGAUCCAUGACUUGCCAGCAAGCCGAAUGACUGAAGCCACAGGUAGAAGAAUUGGUGCAGAAAUUGGGAGACUCAUUGAGGUGGACGCAGGGAAUGGUCAUGUAUGGGGUACACAUUAUAUUCGUGUUCGCGUGGUUAUUGACUCAAGGAAACCUCUGCGACGUGGUAUGAAGCUUUCUUUGAAGGAUGGGCCAGUUUGGGUUUCGUUUCAGUAUGAGCGGCUCCCGCAUUUCUGUUAUUGUUGUGGCAUGUUGGAUCAUGUUGAACGGGACUGUGAGUUGGGUUUGGAGCUAGAACAUAUGGGAGUUACGGAGCGGCCUUAUGAUGACAGGCUUAGAGCAGCAUCGAAACGGGAGAGACAGGAGGCUGCAACGAAUAAUGGGAGAUGGUUGCGUGACGCCGCCGGCUGCCCAACCGGUGAGAACUCACGGGAGAGGCACCAACUUCCAAAAUUGGGAAGAAGGCCUGAUUUGGAAAUGGGCAAUGUUCACGGAAGGGAGAUUGGCAUGAAUGGCCGUGAUUAUCGGGAUGCAACAAAGAAUCCAGUGGAGCCAAUGAGUGCCUUAAAUCCGGGCUGUCAAAUAUUGCAGGGAUAUGGUAGUGUGGAGAAUUGCCAGUCUGUUUCGAGCCCCAAAGCGAAGUAUAUGGAAAGACAGCAUAAUCAAGGGAAUACAGGGAAUAUUGUAGAUAACUGUGAUGGAGCUCCCGCCUUAAAUUUGAAUGUUCCAGAGAAGCAUAGUCCUACACUGGGGGCCCCCCCUCCCAAACUAAGUGGGCCAGGUCUUUCUGAUAAUAUGGAAGGACAAAAAGGCCACAAUAGUGAUGGGCCUCUCCGCUCCGUUGAGACCCAAGAUUCGGACUUAAUCUUUGUGUUCUCCUCGACCCCGGGUGAUAACCCUCCGAGAACUAGAUCUUGGAAGAAGGAGGCUCGAGAACGACGCCAUUCUAGCUCACACACCUUAAGCUCUUCCUGUCGGAUCAAGAGGAAGGACGAGCAAUCCCAAAUCCUUGUAAGCCCGCCGGUCACCAUGAGUCUCUUCUGUUGGAACUGCCGAGGGCUUGGGAACCCUCGUGCAGUUCGUUGCCUCAUCGAACUGGUGGGGCUGAAGCAGCCUGCAGUAGUGUUUUUGUGUGAGACUCUACUGGAUAAAAGAGGUAUGGACAAAGUAAGAAGAAGAUUGGGUUUCAGUCAUUGCUUUACAGUGGACAAAGUGGGACGCAGUGGAGGUUUGGCUAUGCUUUGGAAGCAUGACAUACAACUAUCACUCUUUUCUUAUUCACGGAAUCAUAUAGAUAUGCAGGUUGAACGCAUGGGCUCUUGCACAUGGCGUUUCACAGGUUAUUAUGGGCACCCUGAGAGACACAACCGACGGCACUCGUGGCAACUUUUACAAGAUUUAGCCACAAAAUCUGAGCUACCAUGGCUGAUUGGAGGGGAUUUUAAUGAUCUCUUACAACCAGAUGAUAAAGUAGGUGGUAAUCCUCAGCCUGAGUGGAUGCUAUGUGGCUUCCGGGAAGUGGUGGAAGCAUGUAACUUAGAGGAGAUACCAAUGGUCGGAGGCCAUUUCACUUGGCGUCGAGGAGGUGUUCAAGAGAAGUUGGACAGAGGCCUUGCCACCCUCAGAUGGCGGAAUUUGUUCCCCCGAGCAAAAGUUAGAUUACUGCCCCCCUUGUCCUCAGAUCAUUCUCCGCUAUGGGUUACUCUUGAUAGCCAUUAUAAGCGUCACAAUAGACGCAAGAAGAGAUUUCGGUUCGAAGACAUGUGGCUCCGAGAUCCUAGGUGCAAUGAAACAAAUCAACUAAAGCAAUGCAUGGAACACCUUGAGUCGUUGAAGAAUAUGCCUUCCUCAGAAGCUACUCAGAAUGAAGAACAAAAGGUGCUUGCUGAAACUGAAGAGUGGUUGGAAAGGGAGGAGACCAUGUGGAGACAACGAUCACGUGAAAUUUGGUUGCAAGAGGGUGACCGAAACACACGUUUUUUUCACAGGAAAGCAUCUAGGAGGCGGGACAAGAACAGGGUAGAAAAAUUAAUGGAUGCAGGGGGGGAAUGGAAGCAUGGAUUCACGGAGCUGCAGGGCAUUGCUUCAAGCUACUUCUCCUCUUUAUUCUCCACUACCUUCGCCACCAAUAUUGAUCGAGUGACCUCUUGUUUAUCCCCUCGGGUGACUGCAGAUGAUAAUGCUUUCCUCCUCCAGGUCUUCACCGAAACCGAGAUUACUAAGGCACUUCAUCAGAUGCAUCCUUCCAAGGCCCCUGGGCCUGAUGGGCUCUCACCUGGUUUUCUCCAGCACUUUUGGCAUGUGGUGAAAGAUGAUGUUGUUAAGCCAUGCCUAGACUUCUUGAACCAUGGGGGGAUACUCCCGUCGGAACUCAAUUUUACCCAUAUUGUGCUUAUUCCAAAGUGCAGUGAACCAAAAACCAUGGCGGACCUGCGUCCGAUCAGCCUCUGUAAUGUUAUUUAUAGAGUUCUAGCCAAGGUCUUGGCAAACAGAUUUAAGCUGGUUCUACAGAGAGUUAUUUCCCAAGGACAGAGUGCCUUCUUACCAAAUCGGUUGAUCACAGAUAACUUUAUGAUUGCUUAUGAAAUCCUCCAAUAUAUGCGAGCUCGGAAAACAAAGAAGCGGGGUUGGCAAGCUGUUAAGCUAGACAUGAGCAAGGCCUUUGAUCGUAUUGAAUGGCCUUACUUAGAGCAGGUUAUGCAGGCACUGGGUUUUGCUGAUGGCUGGAUCAGGUUAAUCAUGGGCUGUGUCUCAUCAGUAACUUUUGAGGUGUUACUAAAUGGUAGAGAGGCAGGGCGGGUCACUCCUACUCGGGGCUUGAGACAGGGUGAUCCAUUAUCGCCUUAUCUUUUUAUCCUAUGUGCAGAAGGUCUCACAGCGAUGUUGAAUGAUGCUGUAACCAGAGGAACCACUGAGACUGAAGCCAGAAAUUUAAUGGUUAUUCUGCGAGGCUAUGAAGCUGCAUCUGGCCAAGUGAUCAACUUGCAAAAAUCCUCCAUUACCUUUAGCAAUAACGUGCAACAGAGGACACGAAGCUGUAUCUCCACAGUCUUGGGCAUGAUAGAAGUCGAGCUUCCGGGAAGGUAUCUGGGCCUCCCUACUUACAUAGGCAGAUCAAGAACAACCGUUUUCUCUGGCCUAAAGAACAGAUUCUGGGCACGCAUAAGUGAGUGGCGAGAACAGCCACUAUCUCGCGCUGGUCGAGAAGUUCUCAUUAAAUCAGUGUUACAAUCUCUCCCAACUUACUUGAUGAGUCUUUUCCUCUUACCGGCCUCUCUAUGUACCGAUCUGGAGCGUAUUAUGAAUAGAUACUGGUGGGGAGGAGGGGAGGACGACCACAAGAUCCAUUGGAUGGAAUGGAAGAAGCUGGCCACCUCAAAGAGAACAGGGGGCUUAGGCUUCCGAGCUAUGCGAGAUUUCAACCUAGCGAUGCUAGGAAAGCAAGGCUGGAGGCUCUUAACAUACCCGGAUUCCUUAGCAGCGAGACUUAUGAAGGCAAAAUAUUUUCCUCGUUCGGAUGUGCUUCAUGCAGAGCUAAAAUCUCCCUGUAGUUUCACCUGGCGUAGCAUCUGGUACUCAGCAGCUCUGUUAAAGCAAGGUUGUAGACGCCUGAUUGGAGAUGGUCGAAGUACAGAGAUAUGGGGUGACCCCUGGCUCCCUGGCAAUAUGCAAUUUUAUGUUCAGUCACCCCGGCCUCAUGGGUGUGACCUUCGGUUUGUAAGUGAACUCAUUGAUGAAGAAACGAACUCGUGGCGAAGAGAUUUGGUCCUUGAGACUUUCACUGCACAUGAAGCUCAACUGAUAUUUGCCAUUCCUUUGAGCUGGAUGAGGAGGGAGGAUAGCUGGAUGUGGCACUUUACCAAGCAUGGUAAUUACACUGUCAAAUCUGGUUACUAUAGAGCUCCUGGUAUGGCAAGGUCCCAUGAUGGGUCGUCCGCAUCCUCAACAGUCUUUGGAGGCAAUCGGAUAUGGUCCCUUAAUAUCCCAGAAAAGGUGCGCUUGCUUGUUUGGAGUGCUUACCAAAAUGUUAUCCCUACAAAGGACAAUCUCCAUAAAAAACAUGUUGAUGUGGACUUGGAAUGCCCGUUGUGUGGGGUGGAGAGGGAAUCUGUUUUCCAUUGUUUUGUCUCUUGUUCCCUAGCCCGUGCAGUAUGGCUAGGUUGUCCUUUAAACCUGAGGGUCUCUGAACUCCCUGGGGAUGACUUUGCAAAUUUUUUUGAUACCUCAGCCAGCGUCUUAGGGGCAGAGCAGCUAGAACUUGUCUGUCUGUUGUGUUGGAAUUUAUGGACAUGCCGGAAUGCUGCUCUCUGGAAUAAUUCUCGCAUUAACCCACAGCACAUCAUCCAGCGCACUAUGCAUUUUAUGAGGGAAUAUAGGACAGCUAUACUAUCGAGGGGCAGAGGGGCAGCAGUAGUGCAGCAAGCUAGUGAAACCAGAUGGCACCCUCCAGAUCCCGGAUUUAUAAAGUUAAAUGUAGAUGGAGCAAUAUCUGUCCAGAACAGAUGUUUUGGUAUGGGUGCUUUGGCGCGUAACCAUGCAGGGGCGGUACUUGCAGCUAUGGCAUGCAAAGGCCAGGGGGCAGUGGAUGCUGCAGUGGCUGAAGCCUGCAGUCUUCGGAGGGCCCUUCAGUGGGCUCAUUCCCUCUCUUUUAGAAGAAUUGUAGUGGAAUCUGAUUGCGCAACCAUUGUAUCAGCAAUCAGCAGUGAAACUCUCGAAAUGAACUCCAGUUUGGGCCUCAUUCUUCUCGACUGCAAAGCACUGUUGGCGUCCUUUGAAUCUUGCCGAGUACAACAUGUCCACCGUGUGGGUAAUGCUGCGGCUCAUGAACUAGCACGGAGAGCACUCAGCGCUGAGGAUGAUGAGUUUUGGGGGGAUGCUAUACCAGCUACCAUUAUGUCUAUUGUAACAGGAGAUAUGCACCAGAUCUGAUCAUGUAUUUGCUUCCUGUUUUGAAGUUCUAAAUAAAGCUUCCGUAUUUUA